AAAAUAUAUUAAGGUUAGAAUACGUGUCAAAAGUGAUUGUUGUUUUUUUUCUUCUUUAUUUUGAUUGUAGCAUGACAUUUGUGUCAAAGAAUAACAAAACAGCUGUUUAUAAUUCGUUUCAUUUAAUCAUUUAUAGUUAACAAUAACAAGAACAUGGAGGAACAAGAUAUUCCAAUUGAAAUUAAUGCUGGUAAAUUGUUGGACUGGUUGAUAAAUCGUCGACACUGUAAUCAAGGAUGGCAAAAAAAUAUAUUGCCAAUACGUGAAAAAAUCAAUAAUGCUAUCCAAGACAUGCCUGUUCAUGAAGGAAUUGCAAAAUUAUUAAGUGGAACCCAUAUAAAUUAUUUUUAUUGUAAAAAAAUAGUAGAAAUACUUAAAGAAACAGAAGCUGAUACUAAAAAUUUAUUUGGUCGUUAUGGAUCUCAACGAAUGAAAGAUUGGCUGGACAUAAUUCGUUUAUAUGAAAAAGAUAAUUUAUAUCUUGCUGAAAGUGCUCAAAUGCUAAUGAGAAAUAUUAAAUACGAGGUACCAAGCUUUAAACGACAGGUACAAAAAUUUGAACAGACAGCUCAUGAAUUAGAUAAGAAAGAAUUAGAGUAUAGAAAAAAUGAAAACACAGCAAGAAUUGAAUUUCAAAAUACAUGCAAACAACUUGGUAUUGAUGGUAAAAAAAUAAAACGUGAAUUAGUUGAAAAAAUAAAAGAGUUGCCAACUGUUUACGACAAGGUAUCAAAAAAAACAAAACUACUUGCAAAUGUUGUUGAAUUCUAUGAGGCAUUUGUUGAAUUUGUUGCUGGACAAAUACAUGAUUGUGGUUGUGUGCCAAUGAUUAAGUAUGUCAUUGAAAAAGGCAACACAACAACAUACGAAUGGACAUAUGGUGAAGCACCUUUGUCAAUAAAUGAACCUAAAUUAAAAAUUGAUUUGGAGGAUGAAGAUGAGACCAAUGACAAUGCUGACAUUAUUGAUUUUGGUGACUCGAAUGAUGAUAAUGAUGGAGGCAUUGAUUUUGGUGAUGAAAAUGAUGUUGAAUUAGGUGAACCAGGUGAUAUUGAUUGGGGCAAUAUUGAGAUUGAAGAUGGUGAAAAUGUAUUACCAGAAGUUGAUGAAAUUGAAUUAAAUAAUAUAUCAUUGGAAGAAUCGGGUAUUGUUGUUGAAGCUGCUGGUCAAGAAGGUGGAAUUGCAAGUGGUCGUGAAGCACUGACAAUACUUGAUAAUCCAGUAACUCGUAAUGAUUUUAUUGAUCAACUUCUUGAGUUGGAAUCAUUUUUAAAAUUAAGAUUAUAUGAAUUGAAAAAUGAUAAUGGCCAGAAUUUAUUAAGUAUGGCACAAAUGCAAGAUGCAUCACCAGUUUUACAACUAUCCACAGUUGAUAGUACUCAAAAAAUGCUUGACAAUGUACAAAUUGUAAUUUCAGAAAUAACAGAAAAUCGUAUUGAACAUUUACACAAUAUUAAACAUUUUCCAAAAUAUGUCAAUGUAUUGGCAGCUUCAUUGGAACAGAAACUUGCACUUGUUGAUAAAAUGACACAAAUGCAAAAAAUUGUUAGAGAAAAAAGAGAGGAGGCUGUUCAACAAGCACUUGCUCUUCAACCAGUUAUAAAACUUGUCAUUCAAAAAACUCGUGAACUACAAAAUGACAUCGAACUUGAUAUUUCUAAAAAAUAUAAAAAUCGAAUUGUUCGAUUGACCGGUGGUGUCAGCACACUGUGAAUCAUAGACACAUA